AUGAUUGAAGAAAGACUUGCCGCAGAGCUUCAACGUCGUCAGCUUGACCGUGAGCGAGAAAAGCGCGAAGUCCAGCGCAUCUGUGCAGAGAGUGAAGAACUGCGAGAUCUUCGCCAAAAGCUCAGUGCGGCUUAUGUUAAUAAAGAAAGAACAGCGCAGUUACAAGAACUUCACGCAAGACGUGAAGAGGAGGUCUUGAGAGACGCCUAUAUUGAAAAAGCGAUGCUGAAAAAUGCAGAAAAUCAGCUUAAACUUCAAGCUCAGAUGGAAGAAGAAAAGAAGCGUGAAAGGCUGAAGUCAAAAGAGGUGUUACAGCAGCAAAUGAUUGAGAGAGAGCAGUUACGCCAAGAAGCUUAUAAUGAAUACCUUAAUCUGCUUGCUAGUGAGAGAAAGUUUUUUUUUUUAUUAAAAUUCUUAUGAAAAUUUUAAAUUUAAAUUAAAUAUAAUUUACUUAUAAAAUUAAAUUUAGGAUUAAAUAAAUGGCUUUAAAUUUAAUAGAGAUCUCAUUUAUUGUGGCCAUUAAUUAUUAAUCAAAAUAUUUUAAAAAUAGGUAUUUUCUUAUUAUUUUGCUUUCAAGCCAAAGGCGAAAUUAGAGAAAAGGCCCAGGUUGAUGCUUUGGUGCAAAAAUUGAUUGAUGAAGACCAAGACUCCUUAAGAAGGAUGGAAGAAAAAAAGCAGCAAGCAAUCAGAGAUAUGGAAGAAAGCGUCAGACUAAGACGAAACCAAAUUCAAGCUGCAAGAGAGCGAGAAAUGAGAGAAGCAGAAGCCCUGAGACAGUACCAGCUCGAAAAAGAAAGACGAGAAGAAGAAAUCGCCUUACUCCGAGCUAAAAAAGAAGAAGCCAGAAACGAAAUUUUUGACAGGCUGCAAGCUGAAGAAGAGCGCCGCCGUGCAGAACAAGACUACAUAGAAAAGUUGCGAAACGACUUAUACUAUGAAGAAUUCGAAUACAAUGAAAGAAUGCGUGACCAAGAAAGAGCUGAAAAAAUGAACAAGAUAAAAGAAGAACUUAUGAUUGCCAACGAGUACCAAAAGAAGCUCAAAGAAGAACAGAAAAAAGAAGACAUCAGGCUUGAAAAAGAAUUCAAAGAACAAAUGAUGAGAAAAUUCGCUGAAGAUGACAGAAUUGAGCAAAUGAACGCCCAGAAAAGGAGAAUGAAAGAGCUGGAGCACAAAAGACAAGCUGACGCCUUGUGGCAGCAGAAGCUAGAAAUGCUGCAAAGAGAAAGGGAAAGAGAAGCAGAAGAGGAAAGAAAGACAAAAGAAGAAGAAAUGAGAAAGAAAGAAAUUGUGGAAAGAGAAAGGCAAAGACUGCUUCAGGAGUACGCUCCUCAUGUGGCUGAGUUUUUGCCGAAAGGUACUUUGAGAACGCAAGACGAAAGAGUUUACUUAAGAAGAUAA